AUGACUUAUUUUGAAUCCACUCGGACAGCAGCAAACAUCUUGAUGGAGGAAAAGUGCACGCUCAGAGAUAGCAUGUGUUUGAACAGAAGUAUUCCACACAAUUUCCUGGUGGAGGUAGAUGACCCAAACCAAGAGGGAGUCAUGUGCACCAAUGGUGGACAAUUUGCCAUCCGCAUUAUUAAUGCUGAGGCCUAUGCUAAUGGUAAGAAAGAGAGGCCACCGUUCUUGCCCCAGGAUGAACCUUCAUCCUCAAAGCAAGAAGACCUGGUGCCUAAUGAGUUGCUGUGUCUGAUCUGCCAAGAACUCAUGACUGAUGCUCUGGUCAUCCCCUGCUGCAGAAACAGCUACUGUGACGAAUGUAUACAAAUGUAUUUGCUGGAGUCUGAUGAACACGUUUGCUUCACUUGCAAACAGUCAUAUGUUUCCCCUGAUUCUCUGACUGCUAACAAGUUGUGUCAGGUAAGAUCUUGAACCCUAUUGCUCUUUUGAUUGCUUCUCCUGUGUCUUCACCUUUUAGAAGGGUUUAAGAAAUGUUAUGAUUCUUUCCAAACCAGAAGGUGAAUAAUUUCAUCAACGGAACCGGAGGCAUCGAUGGGAUUUACAGAACUGCAGGAGCCCAAGUGCUGGUGCCUCAGCCACCUAGUGUCGCUCCUCAGCAGUAUCCCAUGCAGUUUCCUCCCCAUUUGUACAACAUUCAGUCACCUGUCCAUGCAUCAGUCUCACCUAAUGUACAGGCUCCCUGGAUGGC